AACGUCACCGUUCAAAACAAUAGCUGCAGGUCGUGAACGCUCCCGAAACUUUCAUCAACUUUUCCAGUGUCUUCCCAACCACCCCCUUUCCAACGUCGUCAAAAUAGGUUCGAGAAUGAGCUCAUCACCCGAAGGUCAGGACAUGAUGGAAGUCUUGGCCUGCAACAGCAAUCAGCUGGCGGACGAUCUCCUUGCGGCCGGAAGUAACGCAGGGAAACGGCAAAAACUUGUCCUCGACUAUCUGAAGGUGGCCGAUCGGGAUGGCAAAAGUGUGACGGCCGAAUUUCCCGACGGAUUGGAUUGGUUUAACGUGACGGAAUCACUGACGCUACAGGGUUCCCUGCAGGGGAAGGUGGUUGUGCUGGAUUUUUUCACCUACUGCUGCAUCAACUGUAUGCACAUCCUGCCGAAUUUGAAGCGCUUGGAGCACAUGUAUCCGAUCGAAGAAGGUCUGGCAGUGAUCGGUGUGCAUAGCGCCAAGUUCAAGAACGAGAAAGACUCGAACAACAUUCGAGCAGCGGUUGAACGGUACGAAAUUUCGCACCCCGUCGUCAACGAUAACGUAUCGGCAAUGUGGCGCAAGCUGCGUGUACAGUGCUGGCCAACAUUGAUGAUACUGGGACCACGCGCGAACCCACUGUUCGUGAUUAUGGGCGAGGGAAAUUUUGAGGAUUUGAAGCUGUACGUUGGCAGUGCGAUACGGUUCUACAAGGAAAAGGGCGAAAUUCAACGCCAUUCAUUGCCGCUUAAUCUGACCGGCACCGGUACGAUUGCUUCGAAUAUUAAAUUUCCUGGCAAGAUCGCCUGUUCGAUUCCAACUAUGGAAAGUGGUAAGGACAACAACGAGGAGCAACUUUUCGCCGUUUCGGAUUCGGGCAACCAUCGGGUGUUGAUUAUCGAUUCUGCCGGGACAGUGCUGCACAAGGUUGGGGGCAAGCAGAGUGGAUUUUUGGAUGGCAACUUCUCAAACGCGCGCUUUAACGCUCCCCAGGGCGUUGCGUUCCAAGGAUCGGAUGUGGUGUUCGUAGCAGACAACGAAAAUCAUGCGGUGCGUAGAAUUGAUCUGAAAACGCAACUAGUAAGCACCAUUGCCGGAAACGGUACACAGGGUAACGAUCGCACCGGAGGCAAGAGUGGACGCGAUCAGCUGCUAUCAUCCCCGUGGGACGUUGCGGUGUAUUCGACACGUGACCUGGACAUGUCGUUCCACGCGGAUGAAACGAGCGUUCCGUCGAAGGAUGUGCUGUUGAUUGCGAUGGCAGGAAUUCAUCAGAUUUGGGCCAUCUUUUUGGAGGAUACGAUCUGGUGGAAGUUCAAAAAGUACGGUGCCGGUACGUGCUGGGCCAUUGCGGGUAGUGGCCAUGAGCAGAACCGUAAUACGUCAUAUCCCCACAGUGCCGCAUUUGCUCAACCAUCCGGAUUGGCUAUUAACCGUGUAGCGAAGGAAGUUUAUCUAGCGGAUAGUGAAAGUUCCGCUAUCAGAAAGAUCUCACUCGCUGAUGGAAAGGUGAUGGCCGUUGCCGGUGGAGAUCGAAAUCCGUUGGAUCUGUUCGCUUUCGGUGAUGUGGAUGGAAAGCAAUAUGCGGCAAAGUUUCAGCAUCCUCUCGGUGUGGCCUACAACCCGAAAGACGGUCACAUUUACUUCGCGGACACGUACAAUCACAAGAUAAAAAAAAUUGACGCAUCGACAAACUGUGCAACGACCUGUGAAUUCCGGGAGGCAAAUGGUUCCGUUCGAUGUUUUAGCGAACCGGCCGGCCUUUGUCUCGAUCGUUCUGGGCAGCUGCUGUACAUUGCCGACACUAACAAUCAUGAACUGCUGGUGGCAAAUCUUACCGAUUACAACAUCCGUCCAGUGAAGUUAAACUUCCGCGUACCAGAAGAACUGGACAGUGUGGGUGAAAACCGCCAAUCGGGCACCACCCUCAAACCAACUCGUCCGAUCACAAUGCAUCCCGGUGCUGGACAGAGUUCGUUGUGCCUAACAUUCAAUCUAACCUUCCCCGGCCAGACAUCCAAACUCACCGAAGGUGCGCCCCAGCAAUGGUCCCUCGAGCUACCAUCGACUGAGUGGAGUUGCGAGUGCACCAAGGGUACGAUCGAUACCGCUUCCGGCCAAACACUUCAAUUACUUAUCGCACCACCAGUAAACGAGGCAUCAGUGAACGGUAACGAUCCUUCACCGAUUGUGCUCAACUUUAAGCUAAAUCUUUGUGAAGGAGAUGUUUGCUUUCCGAAAGAAUUCACCGUGCUACUAGAAGUGCAAUACUCAGCAAAGGAGGUCGGCCACACUAACGUGGAACGUUACGACGCACAGGAAACGUACGAGGUGCAGCUAUCACGCGAAAAAGUAUCUCUUCAGCAACCCUGAAACUAUCUCGUACAACGAACAAAAACAUUUUAAAGUUGUUUUUUUUAUCACGUUUUAAGUCGUUGUUAAUUAUCGAGUGGUGUGUGCAGUAAGAUAUGUGCCGCGCCAUAUGUUUUUGAUUGUUUUUCAUUUCAUGUACGCUACCGAGCUUACCAUCGAUGUAAUACAGACCAUUAAAAACCAUUACUUUUGUUCGGCCGUCCGUUUUCAGCAGGUAUUGGAAUACAGUGGAUUCAAUUCAAUCAAUUAUGAAGAGCCUAAGUAUGAUUCGCUAGUAGACCUGAUUGACCAAUGAACGGAUAACAGUAAAUUUCACAUGUCAACUAUCACUAGGGCAAUCAUUGACGACGAAUGAACUCCAACGAUUCAGUAGUACAACAGUAGUAGACUGGAUGGAUUAGUUAAGGAAAAUUUUCCUCAUAAUAAAUAUUCUGUACAUGAAACAACGAAACGAAUACAAUGGGUCUAUGCUACAAUUAAGACAAAAAAAUAACAAAUUUGUAGGCAAAUUGAGCUUGCAGACAAACGUCUCAUCUUUGCUUGAUUUCGAACCUUGCCAUCCACCUCCUUGACAUCCUCGAAAAAAGCUUUACACACAUUUGAUUUCACCUUUCUAAAGCUCGGCAAAAGUGUAAAGAUGAAACAGUUACCUCUACAUAUUCCAAGCUGGAAAAAAUCAGUAAUGGUUCCAGCUGUACCAUUUCAUCUUUAAAAUCGUGUAAGUCUAUCCAGAUAGAUCUCUCCUACACGCUAGAGGAUCGUGGAUCGCAGUAUGUGUAUGGAAAACUUCGUAAUGGAAAUUGUUGUGAUUGACAUCCAUAUUUUAACUCGUAGCUACACAAAUGUCUAUUUUGUUAGGCAGGACUGUCUAUGUCGGCACAUUCUAGUUAUAUUUGAACAAGAUCCAGUGAAA